GGGAUUUUUAUUUUCUUUUUGCACGAAAGAAAGAAAAGCUAGGAGAUUUUUAUUUCAACCGUCUGUUUGACAAAUAACCAAAAUAGCUAACGAAUUGUUGAUAUUGUGAGGCCUGAAAUCGCUUUAAGCUGGCUAAGCACUAUUAACAGUAGAACCGAGCCAGGUUUCUUUUUUGUUUUCAUCCGUCUCCGUCUCCUACAUCCAGUGGCAGCCUGCCUGCCUGUCGUUUAAUAUCUCCCCUAAAACAUCCUCCCCGAUCCCUUUCAAGUCCUUCAUUCAUAUUAUACCAUGUCGGACCAUAGCGAUUUGGAUCGUCAAAUUGAGCAACUGAAACGUUGUGAAAUCAUCAAAGAAAAUGAAGUGAAGGCUCUGUGCGCCAAGGCACGUGAAAUCCUUGUCGAGGAGGGCAAUGUGCAACGUGUCGAUUCGCCGGUAACCGUUUGCGGUGACAUCCACGGCCAGUUCUAUGAUCUAAAGGAGCUAUUUAAAGUUGGCGGUGAUGUGCCAGAGAAGAAUUACCUAUUUAUGGGCGAUUUUGUGGAUCGUGGCUAUUACAGUGUUGAGACAUUCCUACUUCUAUUGGCAUUGAAGGUACGCUAUCCGGAUCGGAUUACUUUGAUUCGGGGCAACCAUGAAUCUCGCCAAAUUACCCAAGUCUAUGGAUUCUAUGAUGAGUGCCUGCGUAAAUAUGGAUCAACCGCCGUGUGGCGAUAUUGCACUGAAAUUUUUGACUACCUCAGCUUGUCGGCCAUCAUUGAUGGAAAGAUAUUUUGUGUUCAUGGUGGCCUAUCGCCAUCCAUCCAGUAUUUGGAUCAGAUACGUAGCAUUGAUCGCAAACAAGAGGUACCCCACGAUGGUCCAAUGUGCGAUUUACUUUGGAGCGAUCCGGAAGAUCAAACCGGUUGGGGUGUAUCACCUCGUGGUGCUGGCUAUCUCUUCGGUUCGGAUGUCGUUUCACAAUUCAAUCGAACAAACGAAAUUGAUAUGAUUUGUCGGGCCCAUCAAUUGGUUAUGGAAGGCUUCAAAUGGCAUUUCAAUGAGACAGUACUGACCGUAUGGUCGGCACCCAACUAUUGCUAUCGUUGCGGCAAUGUGGCUGCCAUUUUGGAACUGAACGAGUACCUGCAUCGUGACUUUGUCAUCUUUGAAGCUGCCCCACAAGAGAGUCGGGGCAUACCUUCCAAAAAACCUCAGGCGGAUUACUUUCUUUAAAACUGCAGAUCCCCUUCCUAUAAUGAGAAAGGAACAAAAAAAAAAGAAAACCUUUCACGAUUUCCCUUUUCUAUUUUUUUUCGCCCACUAUUUGACGAUGAUUUUUGUUUUGUUAGAAACUUCAAAAACUGCCGCCUGCCUAUACAUACAUACAUCCACACACUCUCACAUACACUGCAUACAUACAUAUAUAAUAAACAUAUUAAUGUAAGAGAAUCGAGAAUCAAUUAAAGUUACACAUAUUUUAUGAUGUAA